AUGUGCAGGUCCGUGUGUCUCCUCGCGCUCCUCGUUUUAAUCAGCCCAACUGCUGAUGCGUUGGACAAUGGUCUAGCGCUGAAACCCACAAUGGGCUGGCUGCACUGGGAGAGAUUCAUGUGUAAUAUCGACUGUGACAAGGACCCCAAUAACUGCAUCAGUGAGCGUCUGUACAUGCAGAUGGCAGAUGUGAUGGUGAAGGAGGGCUGGAAAGAGGCCGGUUACGAGUACGUCUGCAUCGAUGACUGCUGGCCCUCCCGCCAGCGCGAUGCCCAGGGCCGCCUGCAGGCAGAUCCCAAAAGAUUCCCGGGGGGCAUCAAGAAACUGGCCAACUACGUCCAUUCUAAGGGACUGAAACUGGGUAUCUAUGCAGAUGUGGGGAAGAAUACCUGUGCUGGAUACCCUGGCAGUCUGGGUUACUAUGAGACAGAUGCUCAGACGUUUGCUGACUGGGAUGUAGAUCUGCUCAAAUUUGAUGGCUGCUAUAUGGACUGGACCUUGGUGGGAGAAGGCUACGUCAACAUGUCAAAAGCACUGAACAAAACCGGAAGUAGUAUCCUGUACUCCUGUGAGUGGCCUUUGUAUGAGUGGGAGUUUAAACAGCCCAACUACACAGCCAUCCGUGAGGCGUGUAACCACUGGCGCAACUUUGCUGACGUGUACGACUCAUGGAGCUCUGUCAAGUCCAUCUUGGAAUGGACUGCUUCUCAUCAAGACAUCAUCGUCCCCGCAGCUGGACCUGGGGGCUGGAACGACCCCGAUAUGCUAGUGAUUGGGAACUUUGGCCUGAGUCAUGCCCAGCAGGAGUCUCAGAUGGCAUUAUGGGCCAUCAUGGCAGCCCCUCUGCUCAUGUCUAAUGAUCUGAGGGACAUAUGUCCUCGCUCCAAGGAACUGCUACAGAACAGACACAUCAUUGCUAUCAGCCAGGACCCACUGGGCAAGCAGGGAUACCGCACUGCCAAGGUGGACAAUUUUGAGGUGUGGGAGAGGACUCUAUCCAAAAACCAACGGGCUAUCGCUGUGCUGAACCAGCAGGAGAUCGGUGGUCCCCGAGGGUUUGUCAUCAGAGCGGCUCCUGGCUGGAAGAUCUGUGACCCCCAGUGUGAAGUCACACAGAUCCUUCCUCAGUACAAGGAACUGGGUGUUCAGACUCUACAUACCAAAAUGAUUUUAUCUGUCAACCCCUCAGGCACUACUCUACUGACAGUCACUCCCAUCAGCAGCAACAUUACAGGGCUUAACAAGCUGUACUGGAGGGACACUGUCAAACGCAAGCACACCAUUUUGUAGUCCUCAUCGGGUUAUGGACUUUUAUCUGCCUACACCAUUUUGAUCGAAGUGGAAAUAGUUGAUAUUUUCAACCUGUAGAUGCAUUGCUUGUUAAAAUGGGCAUCUAAAAUUAAAGGGAAAAUGUUUUACAGUCUAGUUUGUUUGAAUCAGCCUGGAUACUAUGGCGAUUACAGUAUACCUGCUACCUUUAUCAUGUUGAAUAAACUGGAAAACGUUACACUUGCUGUGAAUUGUCCAGACUGAGCUUAAAUUAUCUUAAGAGACAAGUAUAGUGAAACAGAGGCGAAGGAAAGGGCCCAAGUAGGUUUUAAUACAUUUAUUGAAAAUCGUGACAACUUCUCCAGAAGGCGAGCCCACAGUUUAGAACUGGAUGACCUGGCCCUGUAAGAGAACAGAUAAAACUUAAGUUAAAAUGAUGCUCAAACCUGUUUUAAACAUACCAGUAGAUGUAUCAAUGAUGAGGUUCACUUAACAUUCUGAUGGAAAUUAAAGAAUUUACUAUCUACUAUGAUGAUUAUGAAA